AUGUUCAAGAUCAUUCUCGCCUCCCUGGUCGCGUCGCUGAUUUCGGCGGCCGACGCUGCCUCGGCCUUCACCCCAGCCCGCCCCCCUGCUCUGCCACUGGCUGUGAAAUCCCCAUACGUGAGCACUUGGUUGUCGGCUGGAAGCGCGGGUGGCAAUGGCGGUUACCUGGCCGGAGAAUGGCCCACCUUCUGGGAAGGCCAGGUCACCGGCUGGGCCGGCUUAAUUCGUGUUGAUGGCACUACUUACACGUGGAUGGGCCUGCCUGGAACCCUGACCGUGAAUCAGACUGCCUUCGAGUACACCUCGACGAAGAGCAUCUUUACCAUGCACGUGGGAGAUGCCGUGAAAAUGAAGAUCACUUUCCUGUCACCCAUCACCCCUCAAGAUUUGAGACGGCAAUCGCUCAGCUUCAGCUACCUUCACGUAGAUGUCGCUUCCCUCGACGGCGAGGCACAUGAUGUGCAAUUGUACUCUGAUAUCUCCGCCGAAUGGGUCUCUGGGGACCGCAAUACCGUCGCGCAGUGGGACUACGGCACCACAAGAAAUGGGGUCGCGUACCAUCGUGUUUGGCGCCAGACCCCUCUGCAGUUUUCCGAAAAUCGGGAGCAGGGCGAAUGGGGCGACUGGUACUGGGCCACAGACAGAUCCAAUGAAAUGACCUAUCAGUCUGGCGUUGACGACGAUGUCCGCGGUGCCUUUUCAAAGAACGGAAAAUUGGCCAACGCGAAAGACCCCAAUUUCCGCGCGAUAUCGGACAAAUGGCCCGUCUUCGGAUUUUCUCAUGACCUGGGGUCGGUACAGGACACGGUGAGCACGCUGUUCACCAUCGGCCUGGCUCAGGAAAACGCUAUCCAGUACAAUGGCGCUUCCAAGAAUUCACAUGCUCAGCCGUCGUUAUGGAAGAGCUACUUCAACACUGGUGCGGAUGCUUUGAAUUUUUUCCAUCAUGAUUAUUACCAAUCAAACCGACUAUCUUCAGACCUGGACGAUGAUGUUGCACGCGAUUCAAUCGCAGCCGGCGGCCAGGCCUAUCUGACGAUCACAUCGCUGAGCAUCCGUCAAGCCUUUGCUGCCACACAACUGUGCGGAACGCCAGAUGAUACCUAUAUGUUCCUUAAGGAGAUAUCGUCCAAUGGCAACAUGAACACGGUGGACGUCAUCUUUCCCGCACAUCCCGUGUUCUUGUAUACCAACCCAGAACUGCUCAAGCUACUGCUGAAGCCACUCUACGAGAUCCAAGAAGGUGGAAACUACCCGAACAACUACGCCAUGCACGACAUUGGCAGCCAUUACCCGAACGCCACCGGGCAUCCCGACGGCGCGGACGAGCCGAUGCCGCUGGAGGAGUGUGGCAACAUGAUCAUCAUGGCUCUGGCCUAUGCCAAGAAAGCCAACGAUUUUCGCUACCUGGAGGAGCAUUUCGAUUUGCUCCGACAGUGGACCGAGUACCUUGUCGCGGAUUCCAUCUAUCCCGCCAACCAGAUCUCCACCGAUGAUUUUGCCGGGCCCCUCGCAAACCAAACCAAUCUGGCCCUCAAGGGCAUUAUCGGAAUCGAAGCCAUGUCCGUCAUCAGCGAUUUGACGGGCCGGAGCCACGAUUCCUCGAACCAGACGAGCAUUGCCCACAACUAUAUCGACCGCUGGCAGGUUCUCGGGGUGGCCCAAGAUGCGAAUCCACCGCACACAACGUUGUCGUACGGAGUGAACGAAUCUCACGGUCUUCUUUACAACCUUUAUGCGGACCGGGAGUUGGACCUAAAUUUGGUACCUCAAUCGGUCUAUGACAUGCAGAGCGCUUUCUACCUCACCAUACAAGAGGAAUACGGAGUCCCGCUGGACACUCGGCAUGUGUACACCAAAGGUGACUGGGAGCUCUUCACGGCCGCCGUGGCGUCCACCGAAACUCGGGACAUGUUCCACGAACACAUGGCCCACUGGAUUGACGUCACUUCGACCAACCAUGCCCUGACCGACCUGUACGAUACCAAAACUGGAGGGUAUCCCCGAAACAAAUUCAUCGCUCGCCCGGUCAUGGGCGGCGCUUUUGCAUUACUGAUUCUUUAGUCGUGAUGAGCAAAGCUUCGUUCACAUUUUUAGGUGUUUUAGCCUCUCUAUUACCUAAAUUUUAUUGCUAGCUGCGGACUUGAGAUCUAUCUUUAUCUGGGCAGAGGGUUAUUCUAUCCUUACUGUGGUCUGUCUUAUCUUGGCCGGUGGCUGGAUGACGAUGUCCUGUGCGUACAUAUUGAUACUCAAUUCAU